AGCAAAGUCAUUCAUAUCCAGGUUGGGUAUUUACUAGUUAGUGUGGUAGGUAGAAUUAUCAAUUGAGAGAGAGUAUGGAUUGUGGACGCGGCGCAGAGAAGCAUCCCUUGAUUGAAGACAGUAAUAAGGAUGGCUUCCUCGCUGAGGCCAAGAAGCAGAUAUCUCUGGCCCUCCCUAUCAUCUUCACCAAUGUCGUCUACUUUCUCAUCCCUCUUAUCUCCGUCAUGUUUGCCGGCCACUUCGGCCACCUCGAGCUCGCCGCCUCCAAUCUCGCCAAUUCCUGGGCCGCCGCCUCCGGCUUCGACCUCAUGGUUGGAUUGAGCGGCGCGCUGGAGACAUUCUGCGGCCAGGGAUUUGGCGGGAAAAUGUACGGGAUGCUCGGAGUGUAUCUCCAGGCGUCCUGCCUCGUCUCCGCGAUUUUCUCGGCGGCCGUGUCGUUUCUGUGGUGGUAUUCGGAGGCGAUUUUGAUCUCGUUGGGGCAGGAUGCUGGCAUUGCGAGAUCGGCGGGUUUGUAUCUGAGGUGGCUCAUCCCGGGGCUGUUUGCCCAGGGAUUUCUGCAGCAUAUGUUGAGAUUUGUGCAGGCGCAGUCGGUGGUUGCGCCGCUGGUGCUGUGCGCUGGCGUGCCGCUGGUGCUGCACUUCGGCGUGGCCUAUGCGCUGGUCCACUGGACGGCGCUGGGGUUCAGAGGGGCGGCUGCUGCGGCGUCGGUUUCGCUGUGGGUUUCUGUGGUGAUGCUUGGUUUCUAUGUGGUUAAGGCGGAUAAGUUCCGGCUGACGUGGCCGGGGUUUCGCUUGGAGGCCUUGAGGCAUGUGUUUUCCUAUUUGAAGCUCGCUCUACCUUCUGCUGCUAUGCUCUGUUUGGAGUAUUGGGCUUUCGAGAUUCUUGUGUUGUUGGCUGGAUUAAUGCCGGAUUCGCAGCUCACUACUUCGCUCAUUGCAAUGUGUGUGAAUGCAGAGACAAUCUGCUACAUGUUCUGCUACGGUCUUGGUGCUGCAAUCAGCACAAGGGUGGCUAAUGAGUUGGGAGGUGGGAAUCCUGAGGGAGCAAGGAGAGCCACGAGCGUCGCCCUUAAGCUGACGCUAGUGCUGGCCGUGUGUGUUGUGUCGGCGCUUGGUUUCGGUCAUAAUGUGUGGGCUGCCGCUUUCACCAACAGCCCUCUCGUCUUCAACGCCUUCGCCUCCAUGGUUCCACUCCUCGUCGCUUCUGUCUUGUGUGAUUUUUUUCAAGGAAUUUUCUCAGGGGUGGCAAGGGGAUGUGGAUGGCAGCACUUGGUUGUAUUCAUCAAUAUUGGAAGCUUCUACUUGAUUGGCAUGCCUCUUGCUAUUAUCCUUGCUUUUUACUUUAAACUAUAUGCCAAGGGAUUAUGGCUUGGGUUAGCAUGUGGUUUGGCAGCCCAAACAAUGGGUCUUUUGGUCCUUUCCAAAGUCAAUAAAUGGACAAGGAUAGAGUUUUGUCAAAGUCCAUCCUCCAACAUUGUUCAACCCUAGGUAUAAUAAAUCACACUGUAUUCCAAUGCCCUAUUAGUUCACUCAAAUAAAUAAAAAACAGUGGUAUGCAAAAA